ACCCAGAAAGUAACUGGCCACAGCUAGUGAGGAGUAAGCUUGCUCACCUGCUAACCCGACUCCACCGCGUCUAUCCUAGCGUUCUCGAAGGCUGCGCUCCGCUGCGCUUCUUUGGGGGCGACCCGUAGGACUCUUGUGAUCUGCCCGUUGGUCGGGUUUUUGCACGCGGAAAGCGCUGAAGACAAGUGAAUUACGGCGCAGGGACCAAAGACGCGCUCUCCUCUCUUCCGGCAGACCCAGCUUGCCCGCCGGCCCUCCAGUCCUCUGCGCUUCUCUCCCGGUUGGGUCGCAGCAUGACCCUGUGGGACGGCGUGCUGCCCUUCUACCCCCGACCCCGGCAUGCCGCGGGCUUCAGCGUGCCGCUGCUCAUCGUCAUUGUGGUGUUCCUGGCCUUAGCCACUAGCUUCUUACUCAUCUUACCCGGGAUCCGCGGCCGCUCGCGCUGGUUCUGGUUGGUGAGAAUUCUUCUCAGUUUCUUCAUAGGCACGGAAAUUGUGGCUGUCAACUUCAGCGCAGAGUGGUUGGUGGGUAGAGUCUGCACCAACACAUCCUACAAGGCCUUCAGUUCAGCACGUGUCCAGGCCCAGGUCGGUCUGCAGGUGGGCCUGGACGGAAUUAAUAUUACACUCACAGGGACCCCAAUGCAGCAGCUGAAUGAGACUAUCGACUACAACGAAAGGUUCAGCUGGCGUCUGGGCGAAAACUACGCGGAAAAGUACACGGAGGCACUGGAGAAGGGACUGCCAGAUCCCGUGCUCUACCUGGCGGAGAAGUUUACCCCCAGCAGCCCCUGCGGGCUGCAUCGCCAAUACCUGCGGGCAGGACAAUACGCUUCUGCUAUGCUGUGGGUGGCGUUCUGCUUCUGGCUCCUCUCCAACGCGCUGCUCUCCAUGCCGGUCCCGCUCUACGGAGGCCUGGCGCUCCUGACCACCGGCGCCUCAGCCCUCAUCACGGUCUUGGCUUUCAUCUCCAUCUCUAGCGUGCCACUCUGCCCGCUCCGCCUCGGAUCCGCUGCACUCAUCACUCACUACGGCGCCGCCUUUUGGGUCACACUGGCCACUGCCAUCCUGUGCCUAAUUCUCGGAGGAGCCCUGGUGAGUCUCCACCGUGCACGGCCCAGCGUUCUUCGCACAUUCUUGGACCAAAACGUCAAGGGCUGCCCGGGUCAGACGAGAAGGGGCUCUCUUCUUGUCCUCAGCAACUCUCUGCACAAGCAGUCAGGAGCCCUGGACUUAAAUAUCAGCACUUGCCUGUGAAGGGGACCCAACCCCGACUCCUACACCACUUGGGGACCGUCGCAGACCAGGAGGCAGUGCCCGCGGGGCCUGGGCCCAGAGAACUGCCGGAGGGACCCUGCGCUGCGGAGCCUGAGGGAACGGCAGGCAGCCCCCGUCCCAGGAUACGCCCCCGUGCACCUGGGAAAGUUUCCCAGU